CUCGAAUGCCUACAACGUCGUCUCUCAUUGUCCCACUCUCUCGACGCCUACUCCCUCUCCCUUCCUCCUCCUACCACCGCAUCCUAGUACACCGCGCAACCCUCGCAACCAUGGCCGCAAACGCGUGGUCUCCUUCGUCUUGGCGCGAAAAGCCCAUCGCCCAGGAUGUCAUCUACGAGGACAAAGCUCACCUCGACCGCGUCCUCGGCAAGCUGCGCCGUCUCCCGCCUCUCGUCUCCCCUGCCGAGAUUGACAGGCUGCGCACUCAGCUCGCCGAUGUUGCUGUCGGAAAGGCCUUCCUCCUCCAAGGUGGCGACUGCGCCGAGCUCUUUGACGACUGCUCGCAGUCGCCCAUCGAGCACAAGCUUUCAUUGAUCCUCCUCAUGUCCUUGAUCAUCCUCCACGGCUCGCGUCUCCCCGUCGUCCGUGUCAUGCGCAUUGCGGGCCAGUACGCCAAGCCUAGGUCAAAGCCUACCGAGGUCGUCGAGCUCGAGGUCACCGAGGUGGUCGACGGCAAGACGGUGACUCGCAAGGAGAAGAAGGAAGUUCUCAGCUUCCGUGGUGACAACGUCAACGGUUACGAGCCCACUGAUCGCCAGGCCGACCCUGAGCGUCUUCUCGGUGCCUACUUCCACUCGACGGCCUCGCUCAACUACAUCCGUACCCUCCUCGCCUCUGGCUUCGCCGACCUCCACAAGCCGCUCGACUGGUCCUUCUCCCAUGUUCGCUCCGCCGAGCUCCAGGAGGCGUUCUCCAGCGUCAUUGAGAGCCUCCAGGAGAGCUUGAGCUUCAUGAAGAUUGCGACUGGUACCUCUGGCGGCAAGGAGCGCGGCGGUGCCGAAACUGUCGACCUCUUCACCAGUCACGAGGCAUUGCUGCUCGAGUAUGAGGAGGCCUUCACCCGCCUCGGCGGUGAUGGUGUCCCCCAGUCGUUCUCGACUCCUCCCACCCGCCCCGGCACGCCGUCCGUGUCGCGCUCCGUGUCUCACGCUCGCGUCCCAACAUCCGACUCAAAUGCGGCGCCAUCGCCGUCUGCCAGCAUCCAGCUCCCUCGCCCCAAGUACUACAACACCUCGAGCCACUUCAUCUGGAUUGGUGACAGGACGCGACAGGUGGACGGCGCCCACGUCGAGUACUUCCGCGGAAUCGCCAACCCUAUUGGUGUCAAGGUUGGACCUACAAUGCAGCCCGACGAGCUCGUCCGCCUUCUCGACGUGGUCAACCCCGACCGCAUUCCCGGCAAGGUCACCGUCAUUGGCCGCUACGGCGCCGACAAGGUCGACCAGUACCUCCCUGGCCACAUUGACGCCGUCAAGAAGACUGACCACGUUGUUGUCUGGCAGUGCGAUGCCAUGCACGGCAAUACCAAGACGUCCGCGGCCGACCCUACGCUCAAGACGCGCCACUUCCGCGACGUCAUCCAGGAGAUCACCCGCUCGCUCGAGAUCCACCGCGAGAAGGGCACCAUCCUCGGCGGUAUCCACCUCGAGUUGACUGGCGAGGUCAAUGAGGAGGGCUACUCGGUUACCGAGUGCAUCGGCGGUUCGAUGGAGCUCGAGGACAAGGACCUCAACCUCAACUACCGCACCCACUGCGACCCCCGACUCAACUACGAGCAGUCGCUUGAUGUGGCGUUCCUUCUCGCCGACCACCUCAAGGCAAGGAGGAGAGGACAGCAACCUCGCCCCGACAUUCUGUCGGCCCUCCGCGGCCGCCAGUAGGGUCUUGUGUGCCUAUAGUAUACGUAGAGGGCGUAUGGAC